AAAACAGCGUAAACAAACUAACGAAAGCGGCGCGCUCCAGCAUCCGAUGCAUUGCUCGGUUUCACAGGAAUUGUUCAGGAAAGUACGGGUGAAAUGUGAGCAAAAGACGUGAAAAAUGUCGAGAAAACCUUCCACCACAUCAAACCGCGGGGAACCGAUGAAGCAGAUGAGCUUAAAAAGUUUUAUCUCCAAAAAAGACAAACCAUCAGCCAGUGAAGAUUCGUGUACACCAACCGAGACGGAACCACAAAUAAGUUCAACGACGUCUUAUGAACAACCGAAAAUAACAUACUCACCAAGCAUAUUUAAACCGAAAGUUCCCCUGCUUAGCAAAGCCACCACAUUUGUGAAUCUGAUAAACAGUGAUUCUGAUGAUUCAAACAAAUCACCCGCCAAACCCGCUCGACCGGCGGAGACGGUGAGGCGUCUUCCUCCUCGAAAUAUUUUCCAGGACCAAUUGCAACAAUCACUGCCAAAAGAACCGCAAGCGGACGAUUAUGAUGAGUUCGAUGCGAUGGUAGAACAGACCAGUACCACCACCUUAAAGCCAAUCAAUUACGAACCGUUGGAGUUGAACCUUGCCACGGAUAAACGAUAUGUGGAGGCGACGAAAAAAUUGGAAGAAAACCUGCACAAGCUGGCCGAAACCAAGAGUCCUGUCAAGUUGCCUACAUUUGAGUUCAAGCAGCAAAAGGCUAGGCGCGUUUCGUUGCAGCUCGACAGAAACAACGUGUUCGGUGGAUCGUUUACGGACGAAGAGCCAGAGGAUGAUGAUUUUGUGAGCAAGAAAGCGACUCCCUCUACUUCAACCCCAUUGGGCAGUACGGUGUCCGGUGUUUUGCCAAGCGAAAAAUCACGCGGGACACCGGCAAAACCACCAAACAAGGACACUUCCACCGCGCUGGCACGUUUGUUAAGCCCGGACAAGGGAUUGGGGCGCAUUCGGUUUGAUGAUGCGUUAAGCACCUAUCUGGAUGAGGUAACAAGCAGUGCCGGAUUUAAUGUGAAAACAUCGCACGAACGUGACAUUCGGAAAAGUGUACAGUAUCUCGAGAAAGCACAGCUAGGGCUGCUGAACCAUUUCUACGAUCUGCUGGCACAGGUCCCGAGCAAAAGCUUUACCUGUAUAGAUAAAAGUUUUAACGUUUCUUGCUUUGACCGGUUAAAAACGACCAUUGACACGAUUCGGGGAAAGAUAAAGGUGUACGAUCGUGUACUUUCCAGCAACCAGCAACGAUUAUCAAAAACGAAGCCGUUAAACGAUUCAAACAUCACUAAAAGCGCACUAGAGGGUUCGAGAACACAGGAAAAACCUAGGACAAGCACGCCCAGUUCGGUUCCGAUCGUGUAUGAGCUUCCGUUCGAGGAGGAAUACUCGCAGGACUGUACUGAUGUGAUUGAGAGCACACCGCCACACCCGGACGCAGGUCGUAAGGAUAGCUUCACCUUAUCCGCGUCAUCGCGAUUCGAAGAGCUCGAGAAGGAAUUUGGACUGAAAAGGCUGGAAGAAACAACUCCCACCGCAUUCACACCGAAAGCAUCCUCGAAUGGAGCGAUUGCUGUUACAAAAUCAUCCAGCGGUGGAUCCACGUUUGUGUUCAAAAAACCAAUCGCCAGCACGCUGGUAAACAAUGUGGACGCUCCGGCAAGCGUUGAUCGGGCGAAGAAUAAAGCAUUGUCGUCACCCGACCCACCGGAAGAUGACCUGGUAGACGAUGACGACAUACUGAACAGUAUCCGGGAGGAGGAGCUCAAGGACCAAGGACGCUCGUUCCAAACGAAUCUUAGCACCGUCAAUCUGAUCACACCCGACACUUCGCUACGGCGGUCCGAUCCACCGCGGAUAACGUUCCCCGUAGAACCGGAUCCACCGGUCCCCGCUCGCAACACGCAGUUUAUCGAGAAUAUUAACACCCAGCUCGAUGACGAUGGGUGGCAAGUGUACGAUCCAUCGUUGUACGGUGAUUUGUUGGAAGACCUGCCUGCACCGGCCACGAAUCAACCGCCUAGCUCUGGUUCGUCAGCGUCGGGGAUGCUUGCGUCCAGUUCGGACAUUGGACGAUUUCACGAAGGGAUACGCAACGACGGCAUAACGGGCGAGUUCGAUGGUAUGGCCUAUCCGCACUCGUCGCGUUUGCAGGUCGCGUUCAAGGAAACGUUCGGUCUGCGGACGUUCCGACCGAACCAGCUGCAGGUAAUCAAUGCCACGCUGCUCGGUAUCGAUUGUUUCGUGCUGAUGCCAACGGGCGGUGGGAAAUCGCUCUGUUACCAGCUGCCGGCCAUCUUAACCGUCGGUCUCACAAUUGUGGUCAGCCCGCUGAAGUCGCUCAUACUGGACCAGGUGCAAAAGCUCAACUCGCUCGACAUAGCGGCAGGCAGUUUGUCGGGCGAAGCGAAUAUGGCCGACGUGCAGCGUAUCUACGACGAUCUGUACAGUAGUUGCCCGGAGCUAAAGCUUCUCUACGUGACGCCAGAAAAAAUAAGCUCGUCGGCUAAAUUCCAAAACCUGCUCAGUGCGCUCUACCGGCGCGGACUGCUGGGACGGAUUGUGAUCGAUGAGGCGCACUGCGUAUCCGCCUGGGGUCACGAUUUUCGACCCGACUACAAAAAGCUCUCCGUCCUGCGUGAACAGUUCCCCACCGUGCCGAUCAUCGCGCUGACGGCGACCGCUAAUCCACGCGUCCGGGUGGACAUUCUAACCCAGCUCAAGUUGGCCCGCGACACGCGUUGGUUUUUGUGCAGCUUCAAUCGACCGAACCUGAAGUAUCUGGUGUUGCCGAAGAAGGGUGUCGCGACCAAGACGGAAAUGAUCGAGCUGAUCAGGAAGCGGUUCCCGCGCGACACCGGUAUUGUGUACUGCCUGUCGAAGAAGGAGUGUGACCAGCUGGCGAGCGAGUUCCAACGGGCGGGUAUUAAGGCGAAAAGCUACCACGCCGGUCUGUCCGACAGUGUGCGGGAAGCGACACAGAAAGAGUGGAUCGGCGAUCGUAUAAAGGUGGUGUGUGCUACGAUUGCGUUUGGGAUGGGUAUCGAUAAACCGGACGUCCGGUACGUGUUGCAUUACUGCAUGCCGAAGUCGAUCGAGGGCUACUACCAGGAAUCGGGACGGGCCGGACGUGACGGGGAAAUAGCCACCUGCAUUCUGUACUACAACUACUCGGACAUGUUGCGCUAUCGGAAAAUGAUGGACAAUGAUACGACCAUUUCCCUCGAAGCGAAACAGAUUCAUAUGAACAAUCUUUUCCGGAUGGUCAACUACUGCGAGAAUGUGACCGACUGUCGGCGGACGCAGCAGCUCGAGUACUUUGCCGAAUACUUCACCAGCGAACAGUGCCUAGCGAACCGAGCAACCGCAUGCGAUAACUGUCUGAUGCAGGGUAACUACAAGACGCUCAAUGCAACGGACGAAUGCAUCAUGGUGGCGAAAGCGGUGCGGGAUCUGUGCGGUGGCCGGAACCGUUUUACGCUGCUGCAUAUGGUGGAGGUGUUGAAGGGAAGCGAAAACAAAAAGGUGCUCGAGAACGGGCACAAUCGUACGGCGUACCACGGGAAGCUGAAGGGUUGGGAGCGCUGCGAUAUCCAGCGUUUACUGCGCAAGCUCGUGAUCGACGAGUACCUGAAGGAGGAUCUUAUCUUCAGCAACGACAUACCGCAGGCCUAUUUGCGGCUCGGCACCAAGAUCGAAACGCUGGUGAAUCGCCGGGUGCGUAUCGAGUUCUCGAUCAAGGAGAAGCUGGCGGGACGCGGUAAGCUUACCAAGACGGACGUACCGGCGGCCGCGGCCCAAGAAUCGUCCCAGAUCAGCAUCCAGCUGCGGGACCUCCAGAACCGGUGCUACAACGAUCUGCUCGAGAUUUGCCGUGCGAUCGCGAUGCAGCGGAACGCAACGCUUGCCUCGAUCAUGAACAUACAGGCGCUGAAGGCAAUGUCGGAAAAGUUGCCGGAAUCGCCGGGCGAAAUGCUAACGUUGCCCCACGUUACCAAGGCUAACUUCGAGAAGUACGGCAAACAGUUGCUAGAAAUAACGCAAAACUAUGCCGCGGAAAAGCUGAUGCUUAUGAUGGACACCCAAGACCAGCAGGAAGCGGGAGCAGGUGAGCUGCCGGAGGGAAGUGGGACCGACGAUGAGCGCUCGAUGGGUGACGACGACGGUACCGAUUGGGGUUCGUUGGCACGGGCAGCAUCCCAGGACGGCGGCUCUGGUGGCUACAAACGGCGAAGCAGUUGGGGUGCGGGCGGUGGCACAAGGGCGAAAAAGUUUCGUAAAGGAACCACACGCCGUAAGGGGACCGCGGCUGGCGCGAGUAAACGGGCGGCGACCGGCACCAGUGGACGGGGAGCGAAACGGACGACCGGAACGGCGGCGACCAAACGUGGCGGCAAAACCAAUUUCCGUGGUGCGCCCCCAAAGGGUGGUGGAAGUGGUGGGGGUUUCGGGCUGCUUCCAAUGCCUGGGUAUUAGGGUUCGUACAGUGGUGGUUGUGUUUGUUUCACGCUACGACGAUGAUAUUAUGUUGCCGAGUUUCAUGGACAAUAAAUAAGGUCAAUUUUGUUAUGUA